AGAGCGGCAGACUUGAGAGUUGCAACUAACCGCUGCAGGAUGGUGUGAACUUCAGGGAAGAUCUGAAACCAAACUUUUCUGUCUUUUAAACUGCAGACCUCACCCAUCUUGUGUGGCUUCACUUCUGGGAUCUGGUGUAUGAACGCAUCAUCUUCUUUUAUUUUUUUCAAGCUGAGUGACUUUUUUCAGCGGUUGAUAUUUGUGUUUAUGUGAGUGUCUAUGGUGUGACCCUGACAUGGCUGAGGCACCGCCACCACAGGCACAGCCGGUCGAAAUAGAUCCGGACUUUGAGCCUCUCUCCCGGCCGCGCUCCUGCACCUGGCCGCUGCCCCGACCGGAGCUCGCCGACCCGGCCAGCUCCAACACCUCCUCCCCGGCGCCGUCGGUGCAGCAGGAGCCGGCAGGAAACAUCAUCAGUAACCUGGGCUUGCUGGAGGAGGACUAUGGAGAGUAUACGGAGCAGAAAGCGCCCUGCGGGGUGUUUCAGUGUCGGGAUGGAAACUGCGUGCAUCUACAUCACCACCAGCACCAGCAGCGCCAUCACCUCCAGCAGCUGCAGGCUCCGCAGCCUCAGCAACAGGUGCCUCCUCCACCUUUGGGAGGCUCCGGCCAGAGGAAGAGCAGCUCGUCGCGCCGCAACGCCUGGGGGAACAUGUCGUACGCUGACCUGAUUACCAAGGCGAUAGACAGCUCGCCUGAAAAGAGGCUGACACUGUCUCAGAUUUACGACUGGAUGGUGAAGAGUGUGCCUUACUUCAAGGACAAGGGAGACAGCAACAGCUCCGCGGGCUGGAAGAACUCCAUCAGGCACAACUUGUCCCUGCACAGCCGCUUUGUUCGCAUUCAGAACGAGGGAACAGGAAAAAGCUCCUGGUGGAUGCUGAACCCAGAAGGAGGAAAGAAUGGAAAGUCGCCUCGACGUAGAGCUGCCUCCAUGGACAACAACAAUAAGUUUGUCAAGAGCAGAGGAAGGGCCACAAAGAAAAAGAUGGCUCUACAGGAAGGGGUUGAGGGAGGAGCAGGCAGCCCUGGUUCCCAGUAUUCUAACUGGCUGGGGAGCCCAAACUCCCACAGUAACGAGGACUUUGAAGCCUGGAGCUCCUUUAGGACACGGACCAGCUCUGACGCCAGCACUCUGAGCGGCCGUCGUUCACCUUUCCCCCCUGAGCAGGAUGACCUUAGCGAGGCUGAUGGUCACAUGAUGUAUCCUGGAGCGGCGGGAACCAAGAUAACCUCCACCCUGCCCAGCCUGUCAGAGGUGGCUGGAUCCAUGGGCCAACAUGGCUCAGAAAAUGUCAUGGAGAGUCUGCUGGAUAACCUGAACCUGCUGUCUCCUAAGACCCCCCAGCUCGGCUCUGAGUCCACACAUUCCUCCAACGCUGCCAUGCUUCAGAGUAGCCCCUACAGCUCUUCUGGCCUGACCCCACGGCCACAGCAGGACUACCAUAAGUGCAUGUACGGCCCGGUGAGGAUGAACUCCCUGUCCCCUGCUCCCAUGCAGACACUUCCGGAGAACAAGCCGGGCUUUGGGGCUUAUGAGAACCAGUAUAUCUGCUCUGCUGGCCUCCUCAAAGAGCUGCUGACCACAGAGGCAGAUACCAGUAGGGACAUGAUGCCCUCUAGGGACACACUGGUGUCAGAGGUUGGGCGGGGAAGUUGCCUGUUGCCCCCUUACAGCAGCCAGAGCCAUGUGGGGGGUCAUAGUGGGGUAAAAAUGAUGAAUCCCCCUCAAAGUCACCAGGUUUCUCAUGUAAAUCCACAAGCUAUACAUAGUCAGGGUCCUGCUGCCCCACGAGACUUGAAUAGCUGCAACAUGAUUCCCCUGACUAGUCUGACUAGUCUUUCAGGGGCCCCUCCUCGGAUGACUAACCUGAGGACGUGCAUGCAGGUGCCCCGUGGACAUCCAGCACGCACUAUCGACGGCUCAGCAGGCUACAGCAGCUACAGGGAACUUAACUCGGUUCACCCACACAGUCAACAUCAGGAGCGGCUGCCCAGCGACCUGGACAACGUGUCUAUCGAGAGGUUCGAGUGUGACCUGGAGUCUGUCCUCCAUGACACCCUCAUGGACGGUGGGGCGCUGGACUUUAACUUUGAUCCUGCAGCUGGGCCUCAUGGGUUUUCUCAGAGAGUGAAGACGACCACACACAGCUGGGUGUCAGGUUAGGACACCCGGUGCACACAAACAGUUUCCAUCACAGGUUUUUACCAACAUCACCCCACUGCUCACCCUCAGUCAGAGACUGGAAAAUAUAAAUCCAAAGACGCCACCUCCAUCACUUUCCAAGGACCAUCUGACAUAAAGUUAUUCUCACAAAUGUACAUCUUGAGUUGCACAGUCAUGUUAAUACUUUACAGAUAGGAGUAAAAAGAAGAAGCUUAUUAUGCAAAUCCUGAUACUGAAAUAGGACACAUGCUAGCACAGACAAACCUGCAUUAGCCUUGUUUACAAUUGUCUGUCAAAAACUGGAAAUAUGUGGAGAUACAAUUAUUUUUUGCAGAAUCGUAGCAGAUAAAAAUAUACAGUAUAGUAGAUUACAAAAGGCAGCAACAAAGAGAGCUGGAAUAACUUCUCUAAAUGUAUGAUUUGUGGUCAGUCUGACAUUUGGCAGGAAUUUGCAACACCAGAUUACAGAUUAUGAAUUUAAUAACAGUAAAUUUUGAAAAAUUUUUCAUUCACACACACACAGCUCCGAUGUUUAUAGAGUGUGGUGGUACAGUGACAGCAGAUGCAGCUCUCCAGUAGAAUAUCAACCAUAUGUCCUCCUUUAAAACCUCCAUCAGAUGUCAUUUGAGAUCCCAAAAUAAUUUUAAUCUCUGACUAAAAUGAACUCAUCAAUCAUAUACUGUAUGAAGGCAUUUAUUUAUGUUUUUAUUGUAUUGUUUGCUGGAUGAUUCAUGCUUUGUACUUUGUAAGCUUGCAAAAAUAUAUGCACUUGCUGUGUACAAUGUAUACAUUGUAUUGAAGUGAUUGUUUUUUUUGUUCUUUUACAUAAAACUCAUCUGAAAGAAGAAUAUUACAGAUACAUUAGAGAUGUUGCCUUCUAAAAAUGGUUUGCUGAAAGUUUAUAUUGAUCUCGACUGAUGUAUUUGUGAAUAUUCCCAGUUAUGUUAAGAGUUGUUUAGAAAAUGUGGCUGUUUGAGAACACCUUUAAAGAAUAAUGUUCCUGAAGUUCUUUGACCUUUUUGACUUUUUUAGGGUAGUCAUGGACAUUUUUUAAACUAUGAUUAGAUGAACCUCUGUAAAUUCUACCAUUCUGGAAGCAAGAAAAUCUUUCCAAAAACAUAUUGGAGAAACUAGUGUGUGAAAUACACCAGGACUCACUUUUUUCAUUUUUGAUGGCCAGAAAUGAAAAUACCUGUAAAACUUUUUUUUUUUUGUUUUUAAUCAUUAUUCCUAUUCAUAUGAAUAGGAAUCAUAAGAAGACACAUGAAAAGUAGCCAAUUUUGCCUGCUUUUAGCACCAUAGAGGGUUUGGUUCACUCUUCUGUUUUGUUUUCUGGUGGUUGCAUGGGUUCAUGCGUUCAUAAGAGCUUAAUUUUACAUGACCCAUGAUGAUGACGAUACAGAAAAUUAGAGAUGCAUGAUAAAAAUAGGAUACAAUCAAUAAUUUAGAAACCCCAAAAGUCAUCUUUUUAUAUGUUUAAGAAAAAUGAGGUGGUCAAGUUGAAAUCAAAGCUGUUUUCGUCACUUUCCGAAAAAGGGAUGUUUUGGAGAAUCUGGAGAAUUUUUACCUGACUUUUACCCUGGGAAUGGAAAGGCUGAUAGUGAUAUCCUGAGUUGACUGAAAACAGAUGAUUGUCUGUAAAAUGUAACCAACAUAGCAAAAGGUUUGCUUGCGAUUUACCUCUAAGCAGCUACGGUUGUUAUGCACCAAAGACUUCUUCACUCCAAACACAUCUAAAGAAGUUGUGCUAAUUCACUGUGCCUAUACAUCUUACAUUUAUAAAGCUGUACAUAUUAUUUUCUGUAGUCGUACAUUUUUGCAUGUAAGUUUUACAGGCCUUGUUACUUGUCAUUGUGCUGAAACAUUAUACUGUAUGUAUGAUUGUGUUAGACAUGGAUGUUUACAUAUCUCAGUCCAAACUAUAUCAAUAAAUAUACGAACACUUAUACCUCAAAAUAUUUUACCUCUGAAGUGUUGAAGGGAUUUUUCCUGCCAUUUUCCUCAGUGAGUGAUGUCUUGACUUUGUUGUCAUUUGUGAUGUUUGAUUUGUACAUAUAUAUGUUAUUUUGUCUGUUUCAUAUUUGAUUAAUGCUGAAACCAGUCAUAUUUGGACCUGUUCAGAGGAAUGCUCCAUCUGUAUUUACAUUUCUAAUGUUUUCUUGUGCUUGAGGAUUAUAGCCAUUAGAUUAUAGUAAAUGUUAUGUGACGGCACAGUAAAUGGUUUUAAAUCAACCGUGAAUUUGUGUAAAAUUGUAUAUUUGGAAAGUUUUUUUUUUUUAAAUUCAUUGAAAGGUGUACUAUGAAACGAAUUUAAUUGUGCUGUGGUAUAAAAGCACUACGUCUCUAGUUAUUGAAUUGUAAUAAAAACAAAUAUGUGACGGGACCAUUUUGAAAUAGUUACCUAGCACAAUAGGAUUUAGCUGAGGGGUGCUUGAGUCUGUUACAUUUGGUUAGAAAAAGAAAGUAUAAUGCAUUUUUUUUAUCUGUAACAUUAAUGAUGUGCAAAUUUUUUCAGGAAAAGGAAAUACAGAUUUAUUUUUUCUUUGAUAUCCACAUCCAGGUAUUUUUGAACAAAUGCAGUUUUUCUAUGUAACCUGUUGAACGCAUAAAUCACCACUUGCAAUUAAAGGACAAAAACAGAACUGAA